AUGCCUUUCAAUCUUGCCACCUUGCCGCAUCAUGCCUUCCCCCCUCCUCUCCCUCUCCUUCUUUUUGAUGCAGAGAUUCAGCGAGAGGAGGUGAAUGUGAAGAAGGGAAUCAAGGAGGCGGCCAAGAGGGGCGAUCUGGGUUCAGCCAAGCACCUAGCCAAGGAGCUGGUGCGAUCCCGGAAAGCCAUUGGUCGCAUGCACGAACAGAAGGCACAGAUGAACUCCAUUUCCCUUCACCUCGGGGAGAACAUUGCCAUGGCGAAGGUGGCGGGGCACAUGGCGAAGAGCACAGAGGUGAUGAAGCUCGUCAGCGGGCUGAUCAAAGUGCCACAGGUCGCGGGCACGAUGCAAGAAUUAUCCAAAGAGAUGAUGAAGCCGAAUGUGGACGCGGGGGGGACUGCUCGCGGCGACCCGAAUCCCAGCGACGACCAGGCGACCCCCUCCCCCGCGUCGCCGGAGAUCGCCGAGGAGAACGUUGCGCGGGGGAUCGCGCUCGCGGUGAGCGCUGGCCUGCCUGACCACGAGGGGAUGGGCGGCGAGGGGAGCGAGGACGUGCAGGAGAACGCUUACCCCCCUCCCCGCGCUGAUAGUGCUCGCGACGCUCAGGAGAAGGGCGGCGAGGAGAGGGCGGCUGUUGAGGGUGCCGCAGAGGCGAGCACCCGCGCUCCUGCCGCGGCUGACCGUCCGGGCGGUUCGACGCAACACGAGCAGGCGCCCACGAAUACUCUGGCGAGGCGGGGCGCGCGGCAGGACGAUGGGGAAGCGUUUGAACCCGCUCGAAGUGGUGCACGGGCUCGCUCGCGGAGGGGUGCGCAGGGAGACGCGGACGAGGCCCGGCAGGCGCAGGCUGCGGUAGCGAGCUCUCCGCGGAACCCUCCAGCUCCGGAUCCCGUCUCACGGAUGGGUCCAUCACCCCCGAUCUUACCGCAGCCGACGCCAGUGCGGCGACGAAGCGAAAACGAGACGGUCGCGGCGCCGCAGACAGGGCGCGAGGGAGCUGCUGUGGGACGAGCAACGCGGGGAAUCCGCGUAGGACGCGGCAGCCGCCGCGGACGACGAGGCAACGAGAGAGGACGAAGAGGUGGUGGAGCACGAGGUUCGAAUAGGCGCCGAUCUGGUGCAAGCGGCUACGCGAGGAAUGUGGAAAGGCUGAUGCGAAACGGCGCAGAGGGCGACGUGGAACCACUUAGCGAGGAAGCAGAGGAGGAAGCGGAGAAUGAGGAAAGUGAAGAGAGGGACCCUGCCUUUAACCCUGAAAACGAGGGGAUGUUAGAAGCAGAGGCCGAGGAGGACGAGGAAGAGUUGGAGCUGCUGCGGGAAGCGGAGCUCCCAAACCAGCAGGCCAGAGGUGAACCUGCAAACCGAACCUCAGCUGGUUUAAUCAGCGAGAUGCUGGAAGAGGCCGUAGACGAUGCUCUAGACACCGAGGAGAUGGAGGAUGAAAUGGAAGAGGAAGUAAACAAGGUUCUUGAUGAACUGGCGACGGAAGCUACUGCGCAGCUUCCCACGGCGGUGCGGCAAAAGCAGCGGGCGGCAGAGGCAGCAGGGGUGGAGGAGGAGGAAGAGAGGGUGCCUCAGAUGGAGAUGGGGUUGGGAGCGGACGAUGAGGCGGAAUUGGCUCGGCUUAAAGCCAAGUACAAGUGA